AUGUUCCCCUGGGGACUGAGCUGCCUGUCCGUGCUCUGGACGGUGGGUACCGCUCUCCUGUGCGCUGGCCUGCUGCUCGGCCUGGCCCAGCACCUCUGGACCCUCCGCUGGACCCUGAGCCGGGACCGGGCCUGUCCCUUACCUCUGCCAAAGGGCUCCAUGGGCUGGCCCUUCUUUGGUGAAACGCUCCAUUGGUUAGUUCAGGGUUCACGCUUCCACAGCUCCCGCCGGGAGCGCUAUGGGACUGUGUUCAAGACGCACCUGCUGGGCAGGCCGGUAAUCCGCGUGAGCGGUGCGGAGAACGUGCGCACCAUCUUGCUGGGCGAGCACCGCCUGGUGCGCAGCCAGUGGCCACAGAGCACGCACAUCUUACUGGGCUCGCACACACUGCUCGGUGCGGUUGGUGAGCCGCAUCGGAGGCGGCGCAAGGUCCUGGCUCGCGCGUUCAGCCGUGCAGCGCUGGAGCGCUACGUGCCGCGCCUGCAGGGGGCGCUGCGGCGCGAGGUGCGCUCCUGGUGCGCCGUCCCCGGGCCGGUUGAGGUCUACCGGGCAGCCAAGGCGCUCACCUUCCGGAUGGCCGCGUGCAUACUGCUGGGGCUGCGUCUGGACGAUGUGCAAUGCGCAGAGCUGGCCUGCACCUUCGAGCAGCUGGUGGAGAAUCUCUUCUCGUUGCCCCUGGAUGUGCCCUUCAGCGGCCUGCGCAAGGGCAUCAGGGCCCGGGACCACAUGCACCGACACCUGGAGGAGGCCAUUGCAGAGAAGCUUGGUGAAGAUGAGGCUGAGGAGCCAGGUGACGCCCUCCACCUGAUUAUCCACAGCGCCAGAGAGCUUGGCCAUGAGCUCUCAGUGCAAGAACUGAAGGAGUCAGCCAUGGAACUACUCUUCGCCGCCUUCUUCACCACGGCCAGUGCUAGCACAUCCCUCAUCCUGCUGCUACUGCAGCACCCGAUGGCCAUCACCAAGAUCCGGCAGGAGCUGGCAGCUCAGGGGUUGCAUCACGCGUGCAACUGCGUGCCCCCCGCCACCGGGGUCCACGCGGGAAUCGCGCCCGACUGUGGCUGCCCGCCAGACCUCAGCCUCGAGGCUCUGGGCCGCCUGCGCUACGUCGACUGCGUGGUCAAAGAGGUGCUGCGCCUCCUGCCGCCAGUGUCUGGGGGUUACCGCACGGCGCUGCGCACCUUCGAGCUCGACGGUUACCAGAUUCCCAAGGGCUGGAGCGUGAUGUACAGCAUCCGAGAUACGCACGAGACAGCCGCGGUGUACCGCAGUCCACCAGAGGGCUUCGACCCCGAGCGCUUCAGUGUUGGGCGGGAUGACGCGCCUGGAGCCGCCUGCCGCUUCCAUUACAUCCCGUUUGGCGGCGGCGCACGGAGCUGCCUUGGCCGAGAGCUGGCGCAGGCGAUGCUCCAGCUGCUCGCGGUGGAGCUGGUGCGCACAGCGAGCUGGGAGCUGGCCACGCCUGCCUUCCCCGCUAUGCAGACCGUGCCCAUCGUGCACCCGGUGGACGGGCUGCAGCUCUAUUUCCACCCGCUUGCGCCUCCGGCGGCGCAGGAGGAGCUUUGCCUCUGA